CCUCUUAUCUACUGAUAAGACAUAUCGUGUGGAGUCACUCUGCACAUGCUCAGUUUGGUGUGUAUUGCUAGAGAGGUUUUUUUUCUUUCUUGGGAGAGUGCAUCAGCACAGGGCCAAUCAGCACUGUCCAGACAGAUGUCAGGGGUUCUGCAUCCUCCUAGAGCAGAAAGAAACCGCUUCCUACAAGCUUUAAGCAGUGCUCUGCUGAACACAGAAGACUGCUCUAAGUUCUGAUGAGACAAGGUAUUCAGCAGUUUAUAUUUACUAAAAUAAUUGCAUUUCCAUGUUGUGUGUACUGUGGGAGACCAGAUAUAGUGAAUGCAGGGUCCUGG